CUUCGAAUGAUGUUUAAAUAGGAAAAAAUGGAAGAAACCACAGAAAGAGCAACAGAGGACAGAUAUGCAAUAUAGAUGUUCUCUGUACAAAUUGGACCAGCAUUGUAAAAUUACAGCACGGAAACUCAGGAUGACAGAAUUAUAGACGGUGAUACUGAACCGGAAAGAAAUUGAGCUAAAGGACCUGCUACACAAACACACAGGGGAAUGAGAGAACUAAGCUUGGACACCCAUGUGCUUGUGGGACAACAACCAAAAAACGAACAAAGAGGAGAGAUGUAGUGUUUUUCAGAAAGUUUAUAAGUAUUCUUAUCAGGUUGUAGGCUUAAAAGAUCAAUUGAGACUGAUACCGACAUGCCAUUAACCAAAGAGUAUCUAACAGUAAGUCUGAUCUGACUUAGGUAGGGAGCCAGUGAAGAGAAGUUGGUGUAAAAUUGUCACAUUUUCCGGCUUUUUUUCAGAUUUCAGCUGCAGCAUUCCCAACCAUCUAAAGACUUUUAGCACAAGACAGGCCUGACAAAAACACACACACACACACACACGCACACAAAAAAAACACACAAUACAUUUAUUUUCACAGAACCAGUUUGAAUAAAUAAUACUAUGUAAAAGAGAUGACAGACUUCAAAUAGCUUUAUCUGACUGCAGCACAUCGUUUUAAAUCCUCUCAUAAAAUGUAGGGCAAACAGGUGAAGGCUUCUAACUUGUCCUGGGCCAGACUGCCACACAGGAGGCAGAGGAUGAUGUGAUUUAGGAUUUUAAUCCAGAACAAAAAAAAAAUCAUGGGUAGCAAGAUGAUUAUUGCUCGAGCUAAAUUCUGCUGUUUGCAGUUUGUGGGAUUGUGCUUUUUUUUUUUCCAAGUUAUGACGUGUCUGUUAUACAUCCAUGAAAAUGAACCACUGGGUGCAUAUGACAGGUUAUAAGUGACCUUAGACGAAUAAAUGAUAUAGUGUAAAGUUGUGUGGUAUGAUAUCCCCUUUUCUGUCUCCUGUCAUAUUUAUACAGUGGAGCCAGGGGUACCUUUAAAAUGUAUUACAGGAUUACUGUAGUUAAUUCGCGUAAUAGGCUGCUCCAUCUUCCAGAACAAGUCAGGAAAUCUUCAUGUAAACAUGGCAUCCAUCCACUGCGAACUGAGUCACGACCAGUGCACACUGGAGCCGGCAGAAUGAACAGAAACACGGGGAGGGGGGAACUGAAACGUGAUGGAGGAAUCACCGAAGCGGCACAAAAAAAGGGAUAGUGUCUAGUGGGAGGGGAGAGAAGGAGAGAGAGACUUUGUGGAGGAGGCAGUGGCCUAGAUGUGUGAAACGCCAGGGGUUGCUUUUUUGGUUCACUGGUUGACUACCAGGGGGCAACUCAGUAGUAGACCAAAUGAAAUGGGGAAGUUCUGAACCACAAAACUAAAAGAAAAGUUGUGAGCUCCCUACACGCCUACAUUUUUGAAAUGAUAUGCACACUUACUGAACUUUUGUUUUGGAUGCAAGCGUCACUGACCAAUGUUUUGGUGUCAGCUGCGCACAGGGGACAUGCAUGAUCAAGGGAAUUAUAGGUGGAACAUGUAGACGCACAGACACUCACACACAGGAGUUAAAUCUAUUACUUUCUCGGACGGUCAGCGCAGCAUUCCGCUUGACUGACAGCGAUGGCCUUGGAGGCAGACAGCGACAGAGGUUCAUCAAGAAGCGCUCAUGAAAAAUAUCCCCGGGCAGCGUUGGAGCGCAACGGCUACGUGAAGACAUGUGUCACCCCGUUGUACCAGGACGCAGGGAGCCAGUCGUGGCUUAGACUGGCCGUGACAUGGACUUGCCGAGGAGUGUCGUCUGCGGUCUGCGUUGCCUUCGUCUCCGUUAUUCUCGCUCUGCUGCUCAGAUUGGUCGACUGGGAUGCAGGCAGCAGCAGCAGCAGCAGCAGCAGCAGCAGCAGCAGCAACAAUAGCAGCGGCUCCGGCUCUAGUCUUCAUUUCGCGGCUGGCUGCGCUGUGGAGCUGCUUUUCACUGCGUGUUACUGCGUCUCCCCCGUUUUUACACUCAUAUGUGCCUUCUUCUGGGUCGGACUGUAUCUGAUUCGCUGCGGGGUGCUCAUCCGUACCGCGGUUUUUUUGUUAGUGGUGUGCCACUUGGGCGAAGCCGCGGCGCAGUCCCUCCUGCGCGGCGCCGAGGAGCAGCUGCUGUCCCUCCCCGCAACCCUGGUAGUCCUCGGCUGCCUGGGCAGCGGGGCUCUGCUGGUCGUCCGGCUGCGUCAGGGAGUGUCCAUCCUCGUCUUCAUUAGCGUCAUCAGGGCCGUCUCCCUCGUCUCUCUGAGCAGAAUCCGGGCCAGCUGGAGACCCUACCUGGCCUACCUGCUGGGGCUGCUGGGGGUUUUGCUUGCGAGGUAUGCUGACCGGCUCUUGCCGGCCUCAGGGACCAGCGGGACGGGGUGCUGUGGCUCUGUGACCGGGGCGAAGGAGGAGGACAUCCCUGUCUUCAAAAGGAGACGGAGGUCCAGCUCCAUAGCGGCCUCGGAAAUGAUGGCUCACAGUCAGAGCAACAGCAAGUCCCACCGCAGGACUUCGCUGCCAUGCAUUCCGCGGGACCAGAUUAUGUACCAGCCAGAAUGGGACUACAAGAGAGCUCUGAGAAGAUCUCAGUCUUCGGGCACCAGCAUGGUAGUGGAUAUCGCGGUGAUGGGUGAGGCCCACGGUUUGAUCUCAGACCUGCUGGCAGACCCCUCGCUGCCCCCUAACACCUGCAGCUCUCUGAAGGCCGUCAGCAACCUCCUCAGCACCCAGAUCAACCUCCAGCCGCUCCAUCGGCCUCGCGUCCCUGCAGACCCACACACUUGCUCUGACUCUGAGGAGGGGCCUGAAAAAGCAGAGAGACUGGCCAUCCCAAAGCGUCUAAGACGGAGUCUGCCCCCAGGAUUGCUCAGAAGAAUCUCGUCAACAUGGACGACGACCACCUCAGCUACAGGGCUGCCUACCAUCGAGCCCGGGCCCGUACGCAGAGACCGCUCAGCCAGCAUCAAACACACCACAGACAGCAACUCUGUGAUGAUGACCAUCUCAAAGAGUCGCUCCAUGUCUGCCUCCUGUGCUGUCUCCAACCACCUCUACGGCAAACCACUGGGAAGACCAGGUUUCCCUCUCACCAACGUGUCACCUCUGGGCUCUCCGUGCCCGUCUCCUACCGUCCAGGGCACUCCUGUCUCUAGCCCCACUACAAAGACAUGUUCAGUGCAGCUUCCUGAGCCGGCUGGGCCCCUAACAGAGCGGACCCCUGGCUCUGUGGCCACCAAGACCCACCACAGAGCCUUAACUCACAGCCAGAGCGCCCCAAGCUCCACCACCCCUCACUGGCGGCCUCCAUCGCUCUGCAGCAGCUGUGGCAGGCCGUUCAACAAUCGACUAAACCAUGGGGUAGACUCUGUCGAUAAAGAAGACAGAAUACCCCAUCCAGAUGAGCGUGCUGUAGCUUCUUCAGACUAUGACAGCACCUACGACAGCACCUAUGAGACCAACCACAGUGACAGCAGCGACUUUGCACAGAAUGAGGAGGAGGCAGAGGGAGGCAAGAAGCCACCUGAAGCAAGGGAAGGUUGCAGGGAGUUUCUGCCAGAGGGCAUCGUUCUUCACCCGCUCCUGCCAUCACCAGAGGACAAGCCAGUCUUGGCUGUGGAGCCUCUGGUGAUGGCGGGGCUAGAGCCUCUGAUGAGUCAACUCAACAACUGGAACUUUCCCAUUUUCAGUCUGGUGGAGAAGACCCACAGCAAGACAGGCUGCAUCCUCAGUCAGGUUUCCUAUAGGCUCUUUGAGGACACGGGUCUAUUUGAGACCUUCAGAAUUCCCGCACAAGAGUUCAUGAAUUACUUCCACGCUCUGGAAAACGGAUACAGGGUCAUCCCUUAUCACAACCGGAUCCAUGCCACUGAUGUUUUGCAUGCUGUGUGGUAUCUCACCACUCAGCCUGUGCCAGGCCUGCCCAUCCUGCUGACUGAGAAUGGGAUACACACUGACUCUGAGAAUGGCAUUACGCCUGGUGCCACAGGCUUCCUGCUGUCCAAAAUGAACUCUGUGCUGGAGGAAGGCUAUGGCUCCCUUGCUGGCCUUAUCCCUGCCCUGGAGCUAAUGGCCCUGUAUGUAGCUGCUGCCAUGCACGACUAUGACCAUCCUGGAAGAACCAACGCCUUUCUAGUAGCUACCAGUGCACCACAGGCUCUUCUAUACAAUGAUCGUUCAGUCUUGGAAAAUCACCAUGCAGCUUCAGCGUGGAACCUCUUCAUGUCUCGACCUGAAUAUAACUUCCUGGUUAACCUUGAACAUGUGGAGUUCAAGCGCUUCCGCUUCCUAGUUAUUGAAGCCAUCCUGGCCACCGACCUCAAAAAGCACUUUGACUUCUUAGCAGAGUUUAAUGCAAAGGUGGGUGAUGAAGGAGUGUCCGGUAUUGACUGGACCAACGAAAAUGACCGAUUGCUGGUGUGUCAGAUGUGCAUCAAGCUGGCAGAUGUCAAUGGGCCGCUGAAGAGUAAGGAGCUGCAUCUGCAGUGGACGGAGGGGAUCGUCAACGAGUUCUACGAACAAGGUGACGAAGAAGCAAGCCUGGGCCUUCCAAUCAGCCCAUUCAUGGACCGGUCCGCUCCGCAGCUCGCUAAACUACAGGAAUCGUUCAUCACUCACAUCGUGGGACCUCUGUGCUCUUCCUAUGAUUCUGCUGCUCUCAUGCCGGGACGCUGGGUUGAUCCACCUGAGGAAGAUUCAGAGCCAGAGGAGGCAAAGGAAGGACAAGAAACAGAGGAAGAAGAGGAGGAUACGGCGGAUGAAGACGCGUCAACAAGUUCUGACUCCUCCCAGCGGCAAGAAACCAAAAAGGUGAGCAGGAGGAAAGUGUUUUGCCAGAUCACACAGCAUCUUUUGGAAAACCAUGAAAUGUGGAAAAGAGUCAUUGCUGCAGAAAGCCAGGAGGAGGCACAGAAAGAGGACCCAAACUGCACCAGCAGUCCCACCGAUCCAAUCACAGCCAUUCAUGAGGAAGAGGAGGAGCAAGCAAGCAAAGAGGAGGAGUCGACUGACGGCUUUGAUGAAAGGGAAGAGGUGCCGGCUAUUGAGGAGGAGGAAAUCCUUCCGCAAUCAGAGACUUCAGGGGAAAAAGAGGAGGAACCAGAGUGAUAUUAUGAACUUUGACCUCCUCUUAAACCAGGAAUCUGGAUGUUGUCAAAAAAAAAAGAAAAAAAAAAGUUUGUUUCUUUCCUAACUAAACUCUUGAUAUGGUAGCCAGCACAUCACUUCGACACAACACUGUAGAAGAUGUUUUGGGUAAUAUGUGCCUAACAAAAACUGGGUUUGAGGAUGGGGAUGAUGCAUGCCCAGUUCAUCUGAUGAAGAGGAGAGAGGUGAGAUGAGCAAAAGAUGAAGUGACCGAGGAGUGGAGGAAGAAGACGAAAAAGAAAAAGAGAAUGAUUGGGACUGUAUUUGUUUUCGUUGUGGUGUUUGUUUUAGUCUGGAUCUGGUUCCCUGUCCUCACCCAGGCUGCCAAUCCUGCACUAUGGGCCAACCACGCUGAUUCACAGAUUCACUCCACCAGUGAGUAAUACACUGUCACGAGCCCCAACCCCACCACCACCACCACCACCACCACCAUCCACCCAUCCUUCUUGUUGCUCCCAUGCUAUCAGCACACUGUGGAGCCAAGCCACCUGGCUUGUUGAGGAUGUGCAACAAGCCCCUUCUCCUUGAAGACAAUGGGAUGAAAGCCAGGGAAAAAGCUGUGUCCACUGAGGCUCAACUGUGUGUGGAUUUCAGAAGGAGACGGGAAAAAGGGCCAGUUGUAGUACAUUGUGUUUACAGACAUACACCCACACAAGCUUCACACACACACACAAACACAAACACACACACACACACACACACACACACACACACACACACACACACACACAGUACACUACAGCACAGUAGAAACACAUUCCAUACUAGGAACAGAUAGGAAGUUGAACAAAGAACCCUGUUGCUCUAAAAGCUUUAUUCUCGCUCAAGGAUAAACAUACAAAACAAGGUUUUGUUCAUGUCAAACAAUGUUUGUCCUUAGUCACAUGUUUUCUCGCUGUCUCCUGUUAGUUAACGUAACUCUAAGGCAGUAACUCUCUUGUUACCGUGCUUUUUUUUAAAUGCAAGUGAUUUAAUGAUAUCCACAAAGACAUGUGGUUCCCUUUGUGAAUCACAAAGGAACCACAACGUUAUAUUAUAUGUAUAAUCACAAUUCUAUUUCAUUUAAUCUGCUCUCUCUCUCUCUCUCUCUCUCUCUCUCUCUCUCUCUCUCUCAGCAUCAGCCUCCCAUUGGUCCCUAUGCUAUAACACGGCAGAUCAAACUGUUGAUCACAUUAAAGCUAACUCACAAGACACAAAACUAGGUAAUAAGGUAAUGUGUUUUGUUAAGUCACUUCCCAGCUUGUUUCCCUAGUCUUUAAUGUAAUGUACUCACUAAUGACAGGAAUUCUUUAUUCUUUGCGAUAUAAUUUAUAGCCUGGUAUGUAGGCCAAAUGUUUCAGAAAGUAAACUAAUCCAGUAAGCCAUAGUGGCUCUAGCCAGAGCUGACUCACAGCUCCAAAUCACCCACGAGGAUUUUCGUCAGUAAGACAUUUGGAAAAAUAAAAAUUAUUGCCAUCCAGGGGGUGCUGUGUACCCAUAUGAAACUGAAUCAGAUUCAAAUCAAUCAAUAUUUAAUCAUUCUAUUAAACAAAAAUACAAAAAAUUUAAAAAAGAGUCACAGCUGCAUAAAUGUAUAGUGAUAAUUAAUAUUUAAUAUUCAUUAUUAAUUUAUUCGGUAAAGUAGAAUCAGAUUUAGGAUUAAUGCAAGCAUCACAGUCUCAAAUGCUGCUUUGUGUAUUCUGUAAUGCUGUCUGUUUUUUUUUUUAUUUCCUCCACUGAGGAAUUUUGUGUAGUCAGUCCUCAAUGAGAGCAAAUAAUAAAAAAAAAGUCAAAAUGAGAGAUGUAAGAUGAGGAGAAAAUGUGCUUUGACAAGAGCUGUGAUUGAAGAUGUCUGAGUUCUGCUUAGUUUCCACAUAUUUUGGCCAAAAGUGCAAUAGACAUCUGAUCAUAGGCCAGCAGACUCACCACACCUCUGGAUUUUCUUUUCUCCAUUUGUAGUCCUUACUGAUGACACAGCGUAUGGCUUAACAGGGUGUGUCGGUGCUCUCCUUUGAUGUCCUCAUGAUUCAGAUUAAUAGUGAUGGAGGAGUGUGAACAGCCUUAGUAAUGAGGCUAAGUUAUGAAAGAGGAGGGAGGAGAAGAAGAAGCCUUUUAGCUUGACUUGUACCUGCUUAUAAAGGGUCAGAGGGGGCUCAGAUAUUUUUUCACAUUUCAGCAGAUUCUUUGAAGAUGAGCCAGUACGGUCAGAUUCAAAAUCAUAUGAUCUCCAUUUCCAAGCCUUUAAGAUAUCUUAUGGGGAUGUGCAGCACAGUGUGUUUGAUCUGACAUCAGAAGAGCAACGAGGGCACUCUUUCAGAUCCACAGAUUUAAGGAUGCUUUGUGUCUUAAUUUACUGAUCUGUAGCAGAUACUCGGUGUCAAAACUGCAAAGUGAGCAAGGGCACAUCAUAGUACAAGAUGAAACACCUUCUUGUAUUUUGACAGCACUUCUGUGAAAAUCUGUCAGAGACUCAAGACUAGCUCAAGACUCAAGAUAAACCUGGAUAGUUAUUAAGAGCAGGGAGUGUGUGGUUAUAUCUGCGGUGGAACUAGUUGUCAGAGGCAUUUAAGUGGCAUUGAUCUGUCAUUUUGCUUCGGCUCUGCAGCAGGUAGGGAAUUUGCAGCAUUACAGCUGCAAAAUCCCACAAUGAUUAGCUGAGAUGCUGACAGGAUAACACAAAAUCCCCAGGAGUAGUGGGAUUUGUUGAGUCACCAUAAAUAUUAAGACGCCAAAUAGCAAACAAACAGUUUUUAAACCCAUGCGUGCUUUGAGUGGCUGGUGAGUUCCUGGAUAAGGGUUGAUGAUGACACAGAGAACAAAACAUUACCAAGAUUUUAAGAUUAUUUUAAAACUGAAACAGUAAGAAUGGUGAAAAUAGCAACAACAAAAAAAAGGAUAAAAAAUACAAACACAAAACACUGGUCCUUUAGACAUGCUGGAUAAAAACAGACUGAGCAGUCUACUAAACAGGCUUGUUUGCAGACACUGUCUUAAGUUUUUACUGGCUGAACUUGCCCCACUGUGACCCAAUUUCCUAACUCAAUUAGAGUUUUGCUAACGUCAGUGCUGUCUAAAUCCUCAGCUGUAUCCAUUGCACUGUUUAUCAAAAUGCCCAUUGUGCAAAUGAGGGCUAAACUGUGCAACAGUAAUGCCCCUGAUUGCUUAUUCCCUGUACUUACAAAGGGUGCAGUGGUUGAGCUUUUACUUCUAUGAAAAAGAAAGCCUGUGUUCAAGGGGUAAGAUUAUUGUUUGUGAUGCAGUUCAAGUUGAAAGCUCUUAAUAGGUGUUCAAAGUCUAAUUUCUUCUAUUUCUUUUUUUAAAUCGUGGUAGCCAUUCCAUUUAAACCUUUUAUUUUGAAAAACUGAAGUUGCUUCCCUUAACCAAGUGUGAUUGAGCAUAAUGAAUUAAUAAAAAAGAAAAUUACCUCCAGCGUUGAUGUGAAUCAGACAGGAGGCCCCGGACAAAGAAAUUCUAUAAUGAAAAGAGCUAACGUUGCUUAGCAACAGUCAAAAAAAAGGUAAUAUCUGACCCCUGAAACAAUGUGUGUCUUACCUGCUGACACAAAUGGCAGUAGAGUAUUUGUAGCAUAUGCAGCAAGACGCAAUUCACCCACCCCCACUCCACCCCCUCCGGUACCAAAUGUCUUCCAGUAGCCUCUCCUCGCAUUGGCUUGUAAUCACUACCUGUAGCAGUGAAAAUGAUCUGUAAACACCAGCUGAUACAGGAAUCUGUGGGUAAUUUAAAGCAUCGACUGGGGUCUCUUAGCAAUUUCUUUUUUUAAAAACUCUGUACAGCAACGUAGCUUUCAAACAGUUAUAGGAAAAAUAACCAAGACUGUAAAAAGCUCUGCAAGCCUCCUGCCUCCUGUAAACAACAGACAUUUGAGCGCACAUGAACGAGCUUGAGCUCCAUGCACUGUAAAUACCUUACACACCAUACAGUAUAUUGAUGCCACACUUGCAAUCUAAUGUGUAUACUAUUACAAUGGAUUUUUUUUUUUUAUCACACUUGUACCAUCCCAUGCUCCACCUCUAUGGGAAAUUGUACUCUUUCUCUGAUUCACUUCAGUUUUUUCUUUUUUCUUACUUUUUUUUUUUUUUUAAUUGUAUGUGAUCAGAGAAUUCAAAGCUCACAAGGGAUCAAGUUAGUCAAAAUAGAUGCUUCCCUCCUCUGAUCUCCCUUUCCAGCUCUGCCUCAGUAACUGUGUACACUACAGUGCAGCAAUCAAAGAGACUUAAUCAAAGCUGUGAUAGAAUCUGGGGUGGCUGUUUUUUCUUGUGGUAAAGAGUCCAAAACAUUAGAGCUUGGGUGUGUGUAGCCAUUUUUAUGAGGGUUUGACAGAGAGUAGUCAACUGGUCGUUCAGCAAAUAAAUGAAAGGACCGUACCAUUGUUUUUGCUAUUUUAACUACAGAUUAUUUACACUUAACAUAUACAAGUGGCCAUUUUCAAAUGCAUGCUUUGCAGUUUUAGAUUUUAGAUGAAAUGUAUUUUUUCUAGGUCAAGCCAUUGGUUUUCUUUACUCUCUGUGCAGUAUGAAAAUAUAUGGGCACAGUUCAUCACAGUGAACAUUUGUUUGCAUUAAUGUGCAUAAUUAUGCGGUUUCAGUAUAGAUGAAUUUAAAAACUCAGACACAGAGAGAACAUGAACAUAUGUUUGUGUUGUGUAACAAUUAAUGAAAACCACUGAAUGGCUGGAACAGUUAAUAAAACACAGCAGUAUAAUUUGCAAAUGGUCACUUGUAAUGUGAGGUGUAAGUGUUUCACUGCCCUCUCUAACUGAAAGCUGCACAUCUCUUUCACCUCUGACUACACCCAGGGGCGAUGUCACGAUGUACUGAGACACCCUGGAGUACACUUAUUCAUCACUGUAGCAAGAUGAAGAAGUUAAACCACUGGAGGUCCAAAAUGUUUCAGGGGGAGUUAAGUUAAAGAUCAUUUAACUUGCUUCUUUUUCGUCCUAGGUAGGAUCAACUAUCUGCUGGCUUUCAGUGACAGAAAUGUUUGUUCAUUUCCAACCUGAAUAUAUUAGGCAGGUAACGAUUCAUGGCCACCAAAGCAUAAAAGUUAAUUAAUCAGUUUAUUUUUAAUACAGCAUUACAACACAGGCCAGUGGUUUGUACCAGGCAAUCACAUGGCAUUGAAAAAUCUUAUUUUGUAAUAUCGUUGCGUAAAAACUGGGCAAACAACAAAAGUACAGGGUCUACAACUAAAUGGUGUCAAUUUAUUAAAGCCAGUAUCAGUGGUUUCUUUAAAACGGCGAGAAGAAGGGGAUUGCUGCACACUGGAUUAACUUGUGCAAACCAAAGAAACUUUUUGAACUCUGUGGUUUUUUUGUGAUUUGCACAAAAUGAGCCCUGAAAGGAGCAUGUUUUUCCACAUCUUCUUAUUUGUCACUGUUAUCCAGAACCUGGUGAGGACAUCUGGAUAUACAUAUACUUUGUAAUGGUUGUUGUGUGAAGACAGGCCAGAUUAAAAGCAACAUAAGAACCUUCUCAGCAUUCAUCUAACAGACCGGAGCUCAUGGCGUUCACACGUUGUUACUGUCUGUUAUUAUUUCACUGCCGUGUCAGUAGGCAGCAGUAGCACCACAAUGGGUCUGACCGACUGUUCUGCUCUCAGACUGAAGCCCUUGUACUUUCUUUUGAUGGUUUGAACCAAAAACAUUCCUUUUUGUAUUGUUUAUUGUUUCAGCCAUUUUAAAAAGGUGGCUAUGCUCCUGUGCCAUACCAUUUUCACAUGUAUGUAUGUAUGUAUACAUUGUUUGAAUGCUAUUCGUCAGCUUUCCUUGUUUGUCACAAAGGAAACCAAAACAAACUUUUUUUUUUCAUCACCUUUAAAGCAAGACAAACAAGACUGGUAUGUUUUUAUCUACUAUAGCAGGCGCUUCACAGACUCAAUUCUUUUUCUUCUCUCCAGUAUCUUGCACUUAACACAUGUAGCAAUACCUACAGGAUGGGGAAAUUGUGUGAUUCACCAGUAUUUGUUUAAGUGGAAUAUGAUAUUUUAUUUCUAGAUAUUGUUUGACUUUGUAUAAAAAAAAUAUAUACUGUACAGAUUCAAAAGUAUAUUAUAACAAAAAACUUUUAGAAAAAUAUUUAUUUUUACUGUUUUGUAAUUUAGACACAAUACUGUAGCUCCUCUAUUGCCAGACUUACUGGAAGUGCCUCUCGAUAAUGUAUUACAAAGUAACUAUACAAUAUAUUGGGAUUAUUAGACCAUGUCACUAGCAGAGCAGUGUUGAUGUUGUAAUGUGAAUAUUGUUGAAUAAUAAGAUUUAUAAAUGC